UUCUGGGCAGCAUGGCCUCAGGCCCGCCGGGGGAGCGGCUGCGGGAGGAAGCCAGGUGCCCCGUGUGCCUGGAUUUCCUGCAGGAACCAGUCAGUGUCAACUGUGGCCACAGCUUCUGCUUCAGAUGCAUCUCCGAGUUCUGCCAGAAGUCCGAUAGCGCCCAGGGCGGUGUCUAUGCCUGUCCCCAAUGUCGGGGCCCCUUCAGCCCCGAGAGCUUCCGACCCAACAGGCAGUUGGCCAGCCUGGUGGAAAGUGUGCGACAGCUGGGGCUGGGCACGGGGCCCACGGGUGUGCGCCUCUGCCUGCGCCACGGCGAGGAGCUGAGCCGGUUCUGUGAGGAGGAUCAGGCAGCGCUGUGCUGGAUCUGUGACACCACCCCUGAACACAGGAGCCACCUCACGAUGCCCCUGCAGGAGGCCGCCAGGUGCUACCAGGUAAAGCUCCAAACAGCCCUGGGGCUUGUGAGGAAAGAGAUGGAGGAGGCCUUGACUCAGGAGGCCAAUGUGGUUAAGAAGACUGUCAUUUGGAAGGAGAAAGUGGAAGUGCGGAGACAGCGCUUCAGGUUGGAAUUUGAGAAGCAUCGUGGCUUCCUGGCCCAGGAGGAACAACUGCAGCUGAGGCGGUUGGAGGAAGAGGAGCGAGCAACCAUCCAGAGACUUCGGGAGAGCAAAAACAGGCUGGCCCAGCACAGCAAGGCCCUGAAGGAGCUGGCUAAGGAGCUGGAGGAGAGGUGUCAGCGCCCGGCCGUGGGUCUGCUGGAGGAUGUGAGAGAAGCCUUGAGCAGAAGUAAAGCUGUUACACAGUUGGAACCAGAGACCAUCCCCAUGGAGCUGAGAACAAUGUGUCAUAUCCCUGGGAUGAGGGAAAUGCUAAGGAAGUUCCAAGUUGAUGUAAAGCUGGAUCCUGCCACCGCUCAUCCUAGCCUCCUCUUGACUGCUGACCUGCGCAGUGUGCAGGAUGGAGAACUGUGGAGGGAUGUUCCCAACAACCCCGAGCGCUUUGACACGUGGCCCUGUAUCCUGGGUUUGCAGAAUUUCUCAUCAGGGAGGCAUUACUGGGAGGUCAUGGUGGGAGAAAGAGCAGAGUGGGGGUUAGGUGUCUGUCAAGACACAGUGUCAAGAAAGGGGGAAACCACACCAUCUCCCGAGAAUGGGAUCUGGGCCAUGUGGCUGCUGAAAGGGAAUGAGUACAUGGUCCUUGCCUCCCCAUCUGUUCCUGUCCUACAAAUGGAAAGGCCUCACUGCAUUGGGAUUUUCUUGGACUAUGAAGCCGGUGAAAUCUCCUUUUACAACGUCACAAAUUGGUCUCACAUCUACACAUUCAACCGACUGUUCUCUGGUGUCCUCCGACCUUAUUUUUUCAUCUGUGAUAUGAAUCCUCUUAUCUUGCCACCUAUCACAGUAGUGGAAUCAGAGAAUUGGGCAUCCAGUGGUCUUCUUGACUCUGCUUCUAAUUUUAGAGAAGAUCACUCCUAAAACUCUGUUCCCAAGAUACAUCCCAUGCCUAGCAAGGCUCUUGUGGAGCAGAGGAUGUAGAUAUAGUAAGCCUCAACAGAUGCCUCCAUUUAGGUUAGCAUUUUAAUCAUUGCUGCUAUGGAAAUUUUCCUAUAGGAAUAGAAGAGAAAAUAUGAUAUAUUUGCAUUUGGAGGUGCAUUGUGGAGUAUAAUAAUUUUAAAAAUGGAGCAGUUUCAUCAACCUCUAUUUCCAGAUGGCUCCACAGAGUUUCUUGAAGAGUCUUUCUUCAAAUUAAUGGACAUAGUAUUAAAGGAAAAUUUCUAUACAUUCAUUGUAAUUUCGCAUUCCUUUCAAUAUGCUUUUACUCCAUAUCUUCCAUAUAUUAAGGAUUAGAAAUGGAAGUUCUUAAGUUGGUUCAAAGCAGUUCAACAUGCAUCUUGGUUCCAAGUUUUCAUUGUAUCUGUUGUUACAACUUCAGAUUCAUAAUACAUCUGUUUCUUCUUCUUCGCCUCUUAAUCAUUCUCAUUCUCUCUCUCUCCAUCCCUCUCUUCCUCUUUCCUAUUCCUUACUUUUCUCUUUUGUUUUAUUUCACUCAUUGUUCACUCUUCCAUUUUCUUCUUGAUUAAUAUAUUCAGCAUUACUCCUUUAUAAACUAAAGUUUCCUAUCACUAUAGUCAAUUAUUUUUUAAAUCUUUUUUAUUCUGGGAACAAUUUUUGAGAAUUAUGGAAUUCUUUCCUCUGAACCUAAUAUCACUGAGUCUUAGAACAUACCUAUCUGGGAUUGCAACUUUUUCCUUUAACUUUAGAUAUAUUUUUAUUAUUGAAAUUUUUCAGAAUUUUGAUUCAAUAUAUCUGAGUUCUUUUGACCAAGCAAUCAAUUACUAGUUAUAAGACUUCAAAAAAAUUAUAUGUGUAUAUAUAUGUAUGUGUAUAUAUAUAUAUAUAUAUCUUUACUUCUACUACUUGUUAGAGUUCCUAUACUCAGAACACUGAUACUGGCCUCACAGUAGUGUGGUAAAUAUUUAAGGUUAUAAAAGAGAUUAUUUAAAUUCAACUUUCCUAUGUAAAUACUUCUAAAGAUGAUGAUGAUGAUGGUGGUGAUGAAAUGAUUUAUUUUAUUCUUAAAGUAUAUUCUGUGACUUUCCAACAAAUUUUCUUAAAGUUGUUGAAGGUUAACUUUGCUGUUGAAGUAUCUUUGCUGUCAUCUCUCUGUCUGUGUCCAAUAAAUAAUUAAGGACUCCAACUCUCUUAACUGUGAAACAAAUUUUAAUUACUGGCAAAAUCAGAGAAUAUCUUGAUAAUCAUAAUAUGUCAGAAAAUUUUAAUCCUCCCUCCUCUUUCACUCUACAGUGAAGUUCAAGCCUUUUUUUUUCUCUUCCAGGGAGAUGUCUUUGACAUCCUUCAUUUUCCUUUCAGCCAUAUUAUUAACUUAAUUUUUUUUUCUAGGCUUUUUAACUACAUCAUUUUAAGCAAGCAAUCCCCCUCUC